UCCGGCUUGGCCGUUCCUUGGGGAUCAUUUGCUAUCCGCCAUGGAGACGUGCAUUUUGUGCGGUAGACCAGGGCAUCCUCACUGCGACCAAUGCGGCCGCAGAUUGAUGGAACUGGCACCGCUGGAUGGCACUGGCACCACGAUUGACGAGGCGCUCGCAGAUCCGGGGUCCCCCGUGGCGAAGCGGAAGUCCGGGGGCGAGGUCAGCGCGAAGGAUCUCAAGGCUUUGGGAGAGGUGGUUUUUCAGGACCACAAGUGGGAGCAGGCCGCGGAGCUUUUGAGCAGGACGGAUGGCUGGGGCCGCCAAGCAGCCAAGGAGAUCCUGGAGCAAGGCGCCAAGAGCUUGGGCUUCUGGCAACUCCCGGAGGCGACGCUGGCGGGUCUGGUCGAUCAGCUGAUGGGCGUGCCGGCGAAACCCAGCGCGGGUCUGCAGCAGUGGACCACGCAAUGGGCGGAGCAGGUGGUCUCCGAGAGCAAGGCCGCGUCGGUCACUGCCAGGCUGAGCAAGCUGAAGGAGGUUGAUGAGGCUGUGGCUGUGGAGACCCACCGGUUCCAUCCGGAUAUGGACUUUUCAAGAGUGACGGCGCCCAACUUUUCAAAGCCUCGCUCUGUGGUCCCGGACUGGCGGGGCCAUUUCGUGUCUCCCAACUACUUCCGGGUGGCAAAUGUGUCGAUGCACGUGCUCGUCUUCGGACUGUCCGCAGCCUAUGCCUCGGACCUGGUCAUCGACAAGUACCCAGAUGCUGUGAAGCUGUUCAGCUGGCCCAUCUGGUUCGCGCGCCUGGGGGGCAUGGCCACUUCCAUUUGGACGGCUUUGCUAUUCCUCAGCAUGUCCCGGGCGCUCCUCAGCAGCCUCUCCCGGUCGCUGCCCCGCUGGGCCAGCUUCUGCUUCAUCUUCUUAGAUUCUCACAAGGACUUUCACAUCGAGGCUGGCAAGGCCUUGUGCUUCUACUCCUCCGUCCAUGUGACGGGCCACACCAUUGGCACUGUGCCUGGGGUGAUGCAGAAGACGGCGGCGGAGCUGAACAAGCUGCUGGGCUGCGCCCAGGCUGACCCUCCCUGGCUGGUGGACCUUGAUCUCAGCAAGCUCUACUGGCCCAUGUGCCCACUCACCGAGGAGAACAAGCCAAAGACCUUUACGGAAGCUUUGUUUCUGACGGUGCCUGGGGUCACUGGAGCUAUGCUUACAGGCAUGCUGGCGCUGAUUGCCUGGACAAGCCGCCAGAGCGCAAGGACCAAACAUUUCGACACCUUUUGGAACUUGCACAAUGUGGCCAUCCUGAGUUGGCCCAUCAUCCUAUUCUUCCACGGCUCGCAAGGAUGGGUCGGCGUGGGUAUUCCCCUGGUGGUCAUCGUUUCCACUCUCCCCCUCUUGGCGUAUUUCUCUGGCCGCAUCUUUCGACUCCUGCGGUACUACCUCUUCGUGGGUAAGGCAGUGAAGAUUUUGCGCGCGACCGUCCGCUUGGGCAAAGAUGGCGGCAUCAACGGAUCGCUUACUCAACUUGAGGUGACUCCCCCGCCAUACCUCUGGAGCUUCCAUGCCGGCAUGUACGCCUUCAUCUGCAUGCCGGACUAUGCGCCGCUGCAAUGGCAUCCUUUCACCAUCACCUCGGGCAUGGACGAGGACACCGUGAACUUUCUGGUGGCAGGUGUGGGGGACUGGAGCAACGAGGUGGCACGUCGCUGCUUGAAGGGCGAGCUGCCACGGGUGGCGUUGGAUGGGCCAUUCGUGUCCCCCACCCAGUCCGCCAUGGACAAAGAGGUGCUGGUUGCGAUUGGCGCUGGGGUGGGGGUCACGCCCUUCCUCUCGCUGCUGUCCACCUUUUUGGUGCAGCUCUCCUCUACAACGGCCUCCUCACUGGUGGAGGCACAUUUCUACUGGAUCACCCGGGACCCCUGCGAGUUCAUCUUCGGCUCGCCCCUACUGCGGAACUGGCUUGCGAACCCGCCCCUGCACGCGAAGAUCGUGAUCCACCUCUACACCACGGCGAAAGGACCUGGCGAGGACCUCCCGAGCUUCCUCUUCAAGGAGUGCCUUAAGCGUCAGAGCGCCGUGGACCGCGACCGCUUCAGGGCGGUGUUCCCGGAGUGGCAGCGCCAGAACUUCCAAGCGCCCGGCUGUCAGCUCCCCUGGAGCUGGGCCGAAGGUGGCCAGGAGGUGACGCGCUUGUGCCCAUCACUUCGGUCGUCCUUCCGGAGGAUUCAAUGGGAAGCAGAGGGGAACCUCUUGCCGGACAUCAACCUGGGCAAGAGUCCGAGCACGGAGGAAGUGGCUGCCUAUGCUUCGGCACGCCACGACGCCAUCAUCAAUCAGCUCCAAGCCGGCCAUGUUGAGGAAAAAGGCCGACUCUAUCAGGUGCCGCCGAUGAUCUUGACGGGGAUGCCGGGGAUUACGAACCGACAUCUCCGGCACAGGACCUUAACGAUGGUGGCGGAUGUCCAUCAGGCGCAGGGAAUGGCCAAAGCGGAGGAGCGCAAGGCGGCCGCCGCCGAAGCCAAGGAGCAGCGCAGAUCGGAAGGAUGGACGGACGCACGGGGGAACCUGCUGCCGCGGCACCAUGCCCAACUCCCAGAUGCAUCAUUGAAGUGUGCUGCGGAGAGGCCCGACUGGUCUCACGACCAGGAGGGCGACGAGAUCGACGUCGACGUGGCCGCCUGGAUGAAAGUGGCUGAGGACGAGUCCUACAACGCCAUGACCAUCGAGAUGCGGGGGGCCACGGUCGAGGCAGCGCCCAAGAAGAGCCGGCAGCAGGUGCAGGCGAAGCUGGAGCGCGCCAAGGACCUGCAGCAGCGGGAGGAGCAGGUGCUGCAGCAGACCAUCGCCUUGCUCCAGCAGUGCCUCAGGGACCCCUCCGUGGCGGCGGACGACUUGAGCUUUGACAGCCAAACCCCGCCUCCUCCUCCGCCUCCUCCGCCUCCGGUGGAAGAGCACAGGGCUCGUGAGCGCACGCGCACCAGCCCCCGGGACACCAAGGAGCUCAGUCCGAGAGGCUCCAUGCGGAAGGAGAAACGCCGAGACCAGGAUUCCAGUUUGGAGGGCCAAGCCUCGGAAUCCAGGCGCCAGCGGAUGCACCGCUCGGACCAUCGCAGCACCUCCACGGGCUCGGAGGCGGCGCAUUCCAAACGAGGCCGCAGCCGCGCGCGUACGGAGGAGGUGGGGCAUGUGGCGAAGGCGGACAUCUCUUCCGUGUCUUGGAUGCUGGAAUAUGAUCACGUGCUGCCUGAAAAUUUGGCCAACCCCUUCCAGCAGUGCCGCCAAAGUGUGGUGCAUUCCUCCAACCUAAGGCAUCGACCUGCUCCGGAGCCACAGCCGCCCCCGUGGCCGUACAGUGAGCCGAACCCUCCCUCAGAGGUGCCGCCUGCUUCGAGUGCAAGAAGCUGGCGCACCAGUGAUGGGCCCUGGCGUGCGCCGCGAACGCUGCACCAUUCUUUGAAGCUGGAGGCCUUGCCCGUGAAUCCUCCGCGGCGUCCGGAAGUGGACGAGGAGAGCCUCAGCUGCAGCAGCCUGUCCUUCGUGGAGGAGCUGGAGCACCAGGAGGCCAACAGCCAAGCCUGGCAGAGGACACUGGAGGAACGCAUCGAUGAAAGCAAAGCAGCGCUUCAGAGAUACAGGAGCCAUCCGGAUAGCCGACUUGCGCGGCGGAAGAAUCUGAGCCCUUCACUUCCGGCUGGAUGCCGCGACUCGGCGGACUCGGCGGCCAUGCGCCUCAAGCUGCUGCCGCUGCUGCCGCUGUUGCCAGCGCUGGCGCUCGAAGAGCCCUGGGACAUUGCGGGGAGCCUGCGGCGGGCGCGCAGCACGCUGGAGGAAGCCUUCGCCCGCGUGGGCCACGUAGAGGUGCAUCUGCUGCCGGCAGUUCUAGAGCUGCUCGGGGACGUCUCGGAGAAGGUGCACCGCGUGCUGCAGGGCGGGUACUUGAAGCAUUUGCGCGAUAGUGAGGGGGAGGUGGUGUACGAGCUGUCAGCGGAGGAUGAGUGGGCGGUGGAGGAGUAUACCAUGAAGUACCUCUUCGUCUUGGCGGAUCUGCUGCCUUUGGUCUUCUUCGAGCCGGAAGAGCUUGCAGCCGCUUUGCAGCACGAGUUGGGGCACCCGCUGCUGCGGCGGCGCCGCAUCCUGUCGACGCUCCGGGUGUCCUGGUACGGCAUGAUCACCAACGCCAGCACCUGGGCGGUGCCCUUCUUCGGCGCCGUGGCCGCGCUGGCCAGGAAGCUCACAGGGCUGCACUCGGAGGAUGUCUAUUGGCCGCUGGGUGCGCCACCAGGCAGCCACCUGCGGGUACAAGCGGAGCCCUUGCUGAGCUUUGAGCUCUCCCGCGAGGCGAGCUUCCGCAAGAGCUGCGCCUUCCUGGCCCUCGCCGAGACCCGCUCUUCCGUGGAGGCGGCGGAGCGCCACUUCCGGUCCCUGCACCACGCCUCCCUGGGCCAGGUGCUCUCCGCAGCAAAGCGGUGGCCGGUCUUCGAUCUGCUGCAUGGCCUGGCAUUGCGGAAGCGUCUGGAAGAUGACCUGCCGGAGACGGAGAUGAAAGAGGAGCCGGAGGACAUCGAAGUGCCACUGGAAGCUGGGAAGCAAAGGCUCCCGCCGGCCGUGGCACUGGAGUUCUACCGCAUCUUUCACGUCCUCACCAACUUGUUCGAGCUGCUGGGUGUGCAGUGGUGGGUCAGCCACGGCACCCUAAUCGGCGCCUUGCGGGACGGGGGCUUGUCGCGCCACGCGGACGAUUGCGAGGUGGACGUGCCGGAAAGGGACGCGGAGCUGCUGCAGGGCGUCGUCAUGCGCUCCGCCCUGGGGCGGAACGGCCUGGAGCUGAGCUUCGACCCUCGGGGCAGGUGCUUCAAGGUCUGGCCCGCCGGGUCUGCCAAGGCCAGCGACCAGCACGAGGCGCAGCUGCUGGACCAGAGCUGGUGGCUUCCGCAGCAACGUGUGGGGACACCAGCCGUGGAUAUCUAUUUGGUGCAGACGCCUCAGGAGGGAAGAGGUGAUCGCCACUAUAUCUCCAACGACGUUUUUCACUGCAACGUGAAAGUUUGCAACCAGGUCUGGCAAAGCUCGGAGCUGGCGGGCUUCUAUGAGGUGCCCUUCGGGCUGAGCCGCGCCAAGGUGCCGUGGGGGGCUGUGGCGUAUCUGCAGCGCGCCUAUGGAGAGGACUGGAACACCACGGUGCGGCCCCACCGCUGGGCGGCCCAGCACGGGGAGGGCUUCCGCGCGGCGCCGGUGGCCUCCCUGGCCAGGCGCGCCGCGGAGCCCUUCGGCCCGCUGCCGGAGGUGCUGACGCCGCUGACGCCGCUCCGCGGGGAGAUGACCAUUGAUAUGCUCCAGUACAGCUUCGAGCAUGGCGAGGAGCCUUUGAGCCACAGAUCCGGAACGGAUCGAGGACCAAGCCACCAGUACAGCGACGAGGCAGGGUGGAACACCCGCCCCAUGCCCGGCGUGGUGCAGGCGCGGGCUGGGAAGAUGAAAAUGGUGAUGAAGACGGGCUCCUGA